AUGUGUGUCCGUCGAUCACCACAAUUGUCCGGAGAAGCGUUAAUCGGGGGCCAUAAUGAUACGUCUGGAUUCGUCACCAUAGGCAUCCAAUUUUCAGUCACUGCUCCCCCCCUUGCCAUUGCCAGUUACACCACCCUCAUAACCGGCGUUGGAGGCAGUCCGUUCUACUUCUGGGGCUUCCUGGUUGCCGUACUGGGCCAAACCCUUGUGGCUGUGAGCCUGGCCGAACUCGCGAGUGCCUAUCCACAUACUUCCGGUAAAGGCCUCGUUCACAUAUUUUGGACUGGCAUCCUAAGCAACCGCCAAUGGGCGCCUUUUUUGAGCUAUUUCAAUGGUGUAAUGACCACAUUCGCAUGGAUCUUCGCUGCAUCUGGGAACGCUGUAUUUGCAGCACAGUUCAUCGCUAGUUUUGGGCAGUUGGUCUCGGACACAUACCGGCCUUCCGCAUGGCAAAUCUUUCUUCUAUCCCUUGCUAGCAUCAUCAUGGCGCUUGUAUUCAACACGCUGCUCAUUAAUUGCCUGCCAGGCCUAACUAUGUUCAUGGUGGUUUUCUUGAACGUGGCUGCCUUGUUUAUCUGGAUCACCUUGCUUGCCGUCGUCCAGCCGAAAGCGUCGGCCAAGACAGCAUUCAUUGACGUUGUCAACGAAACUGGCUGGUCGUCUGAUGGGUUGGUGUUCUUUCUCGGCCUUCUCCCUGGCAUGAUGACCGUCUGUCUUUUCGACGCAGCCGUCCACAUGGCGGAGGAAUUGCCCCAUCCCCAUCGACAAGUGCCCAUUGCAAUGGUGACCAAUUCCCUCCUUGCGGCAUUAGGCGGCUUGCUGAUGGUGAUUUGCCUCAUCUUCUGCACCACUCGCCCGGAGAACCUGCUUCAACCGUUGGCGGGCAUGUCGGUCAUUCAAAUCUGCUGGGACGCUUGGCCAUCAACGGCCUUCGUCAUCGUCGUAUGUCUCAUAUACUGCAUCAUGACGCUGAACGGCCUCGUCAGUAUCAUCACAGGCGGCAGCAGGGUCCUUUGGUCGUUCGUGAGAGCAGGCGGGCUGCCGACGCGGACAUUGUUAUCGAGAGUCAACCAUCGGCUCCAGACGCCUGUCAACGCUGUCCUUGCAGCGGGUUUAGCAUGCGCCAUCUUCACGGUCCUUUGCUUUGCCCCUUCCUCUGCGCUGAGCGGACUGUUCGGUGCUUCAGCGGUGUGCUUUGCCACGUCGUAUGCCAUGCCGAUUUGUCUUCUUCUGGCAAACCGGCGGAGGAUCCCGUCCGACCGGUAUUUUAGUCUUGGACGAGCGGGCUUCGUCGUGAAUAUUGUGGCGAUCGCUUGGAUGACCAUCAGUACUCUGUUUGUUUGCUUUCCGCAGUUCGUCCCUGUUGACAUGGAUACUAUGAAUUGGGCCCCGGUCGUCUUUGGGGUUGUGGUCUUGAUUUCUCUGGCGAAUUGGUUCGUGGUGAGAAUGGUGUACGAGCUGCCACGCCCCCUGGAACGUUGA